AUGGAAUUGAAAUAUAUAUUUGGUUACAGGAUGAGCCGAGCAUUAUGUACCAGUUGUUGGCCCGAUUUUCUCCCCACGGUAAAGAGAUUCAGGAGCUGGGCAUCUCACCAAUCCUCGAAUUAUUUGCUGUGUGUGUCCACAAAGACUAUGGCGGUCGCGGCAUCGCGGCCAUGAUCAUCAAGAAAACCCUGGAGCUUGGGGAUGAGCAAGGCUGCCGUUUAGCAGUAGUUCAGAUCGCCAAUAGCUUGUCGGAGAAGAUCUACAAUCGCUUGAAUUUUCAAACAUUUAAGGUGCUCGACCUAGACACAGUAGCUGAUGAAUUUGAUCUUGACACCUCAAUCAUACCUGGUGAAACUAUAUUGAGUCUGAUGGUCAAAAAUCUCCCCAGCAAGACCUCAAACCCACACCCUCAGUAAAACGAUAUAUAUAUAUAUAUAUAUAUAUAUAUAUAUAUAUAUAUAUAUAUAU